AUGGACGGUGGCCAGACCUCGACCAACACCGCCCCGGCGGGCAACUCCAGCGAUUUUGUGCGAAAGCUUUACAAAAUGCUGGAAGACCCCUCAUACGCCGAAAUCGUGCGUUGGGGCGAUGAGGGGGAUAGUUUUGUGGUCUUGGAGUGCGAGAAAUUCACCAAGACCAUCCUGCCCAAACACUUCAAACACAGCAACUUCGCCAGUUUCGUACGACAGUUGAACAAAUACGAUUUCCACAAAGUGAGACAGAAUAACGAGGAGAACGGACAGUCGCCGUACGGGCAGAAUGCGUGGGAGUUUAAGCACCCCGAGUUUCGGGCAAACAGCAAGGAAUCGCUCGAUAACAUUCGACGGAAGGCGCCAGCCCCUCGCAAGCAGGCCCAAAGCAACGAUGACUCGGUUCCGACGCAGCAGAUCGAUCUCCUGAACCAACAGAUCGUGGCGCAACAACAACAAAUCCAACACCUUUCCGAUCGCUAUGCGCAGUUGACGGUGGAUCACCAGCUAAUGCUGCAGGAGUUGAUGAGGGUGCAGAAGACGGUCCUGAACCACGAACAUGUGAUCCACCAGGUUAUGACUUACCUCCUCUCGGUGGAUGCUCGUCAAAGGCGCGACAGCAAAGCGUCCGCGCCCUUCCCGGCCCAGGGCCAGAGCGGCUCGACUAUGAGCCCUUCCCAGGUGGCGUCGAUGGACGAUGAGCCCUCGUCCCCCUUGCAGCAUGCCUCGAAACUUCUCAACGAUAUGAAUGCCGAAAUCCAAUUCAAUCUCACCGGUCUCGAAUCCGCCGGCGAGCCGCCUAAAACCGUUCCCGUCGUGUCCACCCCUUCGCUCGAAGCGGCCCCGCGAAACGGCGUGGUGCGUCCGCCCACCGCGGCGGGUGCAAACCCUGCCCUGGUGUAUCCCAAGAUGAACGGCGAGAUCGAGCCCGUGGUCUAUCCUGUCGGCGCAACGAAUGGAAUCGAUCCCAUGUAUAGCGACCAUGUCAACAACGUCCCCUACCCAAUGCCUCCCAAGCAAGAGAUCGACGAGAGCCGACGGCAGUUCCCUGACAACCGGAAAAAGAGCACGAAUGUCGACCCUGGCUGGAUGCGCAACCCCCAGAUCUUGCUUGUGGAGGACGAUGCGACGUGCCGCCAGAUCGGUGGGAAAUUCCUUUACUCGUUCUCGUGUGUUAUUGAUACUGCGUUUGACGGACUCGAGGCUGUAAACAAGAUUCAGGACGGCUCCAAAUACGAUCUGAUUCUGAUGGAUAUCAUCAUGCCAAACUUGGACGGUGUUUCUGCCUGUCAUCUGAUCCGCCAAUUCGAUCGAACUCCCAUUAUCGCCAUGACCUCCAACAUCCGAAGUGAUGACAUUCAAUUAUAUUUCCAGCACGGAAUGGACGACGUACUUCCCAAACCGUUCACACGAAAGAGCCUUCUCGACAUGCUAGAGAAGCACCUGGUUCACUUGAAGACCAUGCCGCCGGGCAUAGAGGCCCAGCAGGCCGCACCGGCAGCAGUCACAAUGGCCGCUCAAAGCUCGGCAGGUCAAUCGGUCAAGGAGGACAGCUCCCCGGGCCAGUCUCCCGCAGCGUCGAUGAGCAACUGGCAGUCUCCCGGCCAGUUUCAGGGCAUGCCCGCGGUCCAUCCAAAUCUUCAGCAGGUUCCUAGUCAAUACGUUCCUGCCACCCCGGCCCCUGCUGCGUACGCCGUGGACCAAAACGGAGUUCAAUAUCCCACCGCCGCUCCCGUCGCAAUCCCUGCGGCGGCCGCCGCCGCCGCAGCAGCACGCCCUCAACCGCGACGACCAGUCUCGGACAUGUCCAGCGCCGCCGAAAGCCCCAAUAUGGCUAAACGUCCGCGUGUCUAUGCGCACCCACCCCAGCCGAUGGUCAAUCCCGUGCAGGCGACGCGGACUGGCUAA